AUGAUUCGCUUAGUUCUCCCACUACUAAUAAUAGCAGUCCAACAAUGCCACGGUCUUUUUAAUUAUUUCGGUGACACACAAGCAGUCACUGUAACCGGAAAACUAAUUUGUAACGGUCGGCCUGCUGACGGGGUCCUUGUCAAAAUGUAUGAGGAUGGGCUAAUUUAUGACUCAAAAUUGGAUUCGACGCGAACUGCCGCCGACGGCACUUUUAUGGUAUCAGGAACCUACACAAAAAUCACUACAAUUGACCCAAAAGUCAAUAUCUACCAUACUUGCAACUAUUCAGGGUUAUGCUCAAAGAAAGUGACAAUUGAAAUUCCGCAUGAAUACGUUGCUCUGAACACCGCUUCGAAUCGGAAUUAUGACAUCGGAACUAUCAAUUUGGCCAAUCAAUUCAGAGGAGAAUCGAUUGAUUGCAUCCAUUGA